AAAGCCGUCCAGCGAAAUUGCCUGGGUUCGAUGUCUCGGUGCUAGUUUUGGAAGCACAUCCAUCUCGAAGGAAUAUGAAGAAAUUCAAUCAAAAGAAGAAGUUCCAGAAGCCACCACGGAGACAGUUGGACGAGGAUGGCGACACGGACAUGGACGGCUCUUCGAUGGCGAAAGGCCGUCAGCUCUCGAGGAAUCGCAUGAUGACCACCAACAUGAAACCUCCGUGGAAGCGAGACUUGACUUUCACCCGGAAGAUGGACCCGAGUCGUAUCGUCCUUCAAUCACUGUGGUAUAGGAUUUUGAUCCCUGGCGGGCGACGGUUCGGCCAAGAUUUCGUUGUGCGCGAGCUUACGAGCCGUUGUAAAUGCCCCCUGAAAAUGUUCAACUUCCAUCUGGACGCGAAUUGCGCCAUUUUCUUCGUGAGGGAACAUAGAACUGCACAAGAACUCAAGAAACUCAACAACACAAUCGUGACUCCUCAGGGAACUAAAAUGUCCGUCAUUAUGAGGACGAGCGAUCUCCCCCAAGUACCGUCCAUCACUGACGUCAUUGAGAACGCUAUAAAACAGGCAAUGUCGAACCGUUACGACACGGACUCGAAGCAGUUGAACUUAUCCCAGUUCGAAUCAGAUGAAUCCCUUUUGAGCAAAGGCUUGUACCUACCCUUGUGCAGGGUCAAUGUUGCCAAUUGCGUUGUCAGUGUAAUCACCGAUCACAUACCGGAAGUCGUGGGCAUCGACAUUUCACGGAAUGAAAUGUACAAUGUGAACUGCUUGGCACCGUUGGCCGUCAAGUGCAAAGAAUUGAAAAUUCUCAAAAUGGCUGGAAACAGAAUAAAACACGUCAGGGAUCUCGACCCUUUGAAAGGUCUUCCAUUGACGGUGGCCACAUUCGCUGGAUGCCCUUUCACUCAUCAUUACAAAGAAGUCGAUGAUUAUGUCAGUGCCAUACGCGAGCGUUUCCCGCGAGUGACGAUGUUGGACCAAAAGGAGCUGCCACCACCCAUUGUGUUUGAUAUUGAAGAGGAGAAAAUUCUUGUGCCUCGAUCGAUGCCGAGCUUCCUGCCGGACGAGAGCGUGAAACCUUUGGUCGUCGGUUUCGUGGAGCAAUUCUUCUUCUGCUUCGAUCGCGAGGAUCGAGGUCCCUUGUUAGAUGCCUAUCAUGAAGCGGCUCUCUUCUCGCUUUCAUCGGCUAACAUCGCCAAUUCAAAAUACAGCAAGGAUCGGGAAAAACUGGACUACAACGGACAAUCCAGGAAUUUUCUACGCAUGCAGCACGACGAAGAUCUCAAGCGGAGACUCUUGGUCCAAGGUCGUCUGAACGUGAUAGAUUUCUUCAAGAAAUUCGAGAAAACUCAACACGACCCGAACUCGUUCAUCGUUGACCUUUCGCUCAUGAUGCCAACAAUGAUGGUGUUUCAUGUUUCUGGGGUAUUCCGGGAAAAGCGGCCCGACGGGAGCUUUUUCCCGAACCUGCGGAGUUUCCAACGAACUUUCGUCGUUGUUCCUCAGGGAAGCGGUCUGGCUAUAGUCAAUGAGGAAUGGUUCAUAACGAUAGCCACGGACAAGCAGUCUCGCGCCUACCAGGAGCCUUCGCCUUCACGGCCUCCCUCACCCGCCAUCGCCGGCACUUCUACCAUGACCGACAUGACGUCGAGAGAAGAAGUUCUCGCAAGUUUCAUGGCAGCCACAAAGAUGAAUCGGCAAUUCGCUGUCGACUGCCUGGAACAAAAUAACUGGAACCCCGAAUCAGCCUACGCGGUUUUCUGGCAAUUGUCACAAAGCAAGAAGCUACCGCCCGAAGCGUUUGUCUAAUCGCUGGAUCAUUGUUUUCAUCGAUGCAUGUCUGUGUUCGACCCUCACCACACCCACUUUUUUUUUCGUACCAUUCGUGACAUCACACGGGGAAUGAAUGAGAAUACUGUUGAGAGGAAGUUUCUCCUAAAGACUCAUAAGCAAAUAAAACCUAUGUUUCUGAUGACUACUACCCCGUUAAGGUAAAACAAUCCAAUGACCCGUUUCGGUGAUGAAGGAAAUUCGUUUGUUAUGGAGUGGUACAUCUUUCGCAUGUGAAUACUUCAUAUAAAUAUUGUGAUCGAAGCAGCUGAUCCGACACUAUAAAUGAAUUGGUAGUUGAUUUGAAAAUGAA